AGGCCUCGGCAUCUGCCGCGGCCUGCUCCGGGCGGGGGCCACCGUCAUCGCCUCCAGCACGUCCAGACAGACGCUGGCCCAGGUCAGGGAGCGCUUCGGCGACCCCGAGAACCUCGUCACGGUGCUCGGCACCAUGCAGCCCGAGGGAGCCGCGCUGCUGGUGCAGGAGGUGCUGGGGCUCCCCGAGCUGCGGGGCCGGCAGCUCAACCACGUGGUGGCGCACACGUCGGUGCGAUGGUGGGCGAAAGGCGAUGGCUCCAGCGACGACCCCCUCGGAGACAGCUCCAGCGAUGAGCUGCAGCUGCGGAGAGUCGUUGAGAAGCUCCCCCUGAUGUCCAUGAGCACCAGGACCUUCAUGUGCCACUCCUCCCGGCUGGCCUGCAUGCACCACGCGGCCGCAGCGGCCCUGGUGCCUCACCUGCAGAAGGUGCCCGGAGCCAGCUACACGUUCGUGAAUGGCGGGCAUUCGCAGAGGCGGCUGGCCAUCGACCAGGUCAACGUGCACAGCGUGUGGGGCCUGGCCGCGGCGCUGCGGGAGGAGCUCUGGGAGAACCCCGUGCGAGUCGAGGUUGCGUCGUGGACGACACGAGAGCCCAUGCGGAGGGUGCACAUGUUGGCUUUGCGAUGCUUUUGCGCACAACAGGCAGGACGGAGCGUCCUGGAACUGCAGCUCAACCUGGAGAUCGAUCGGCUCGCGAAGCCGCGGGAGCUGGACCCGCGCCCGACGCCGCUGAGCCACGACAUCGGGACCAUCUGCGCCGGGAUGGCCGCGAACGCAAAGGGCUGGAGGCACGGUGGCCUCCACGAGCUGAACAGCAACUGGGACAUUCUCAUGAUGAAGACCAGGUACCCGUCCGAGGAGGUCUACGACUUCCAGUGAUGGACUGCCAGCCGGGCGGCGUGGAAAAAUCGCUCCGCGCGCGCACCCCGCCUGCUGCCCCCUGCGAUCCUGGCGUCGCAGCGGUUUCGCAGCUGGCGCUCUUACCGUGUUGUUGUGUAGGGCCGAGGGUCCGAGAGCGCCUUCCUCUGUAGGACCCCCAUAAAAAAAG